UGAGCCAUGAAGCCGCCCGGCAGCAGCUCCCGGCGGCUGCCCCUGGCGGGCUGCAGCCUGACCGGCGCCUCCCGCGGCCCCUGUAGCUGCCCCGCCGGCCCGGUGCUGGCCCGCGCGCCGCCCUGCCGCCUGCUCCUCGUCCUUCUCCUGCUGCCUGCGCUCGCCGCCUCGUCCCGGCCCCGAGCCCGGGGGGCCGCUGCGCCCAGCGCUCCGCACUGGAAUGAAACUGCAGAAAAAGCCCUGGGAAUCCUGGCCGAGGAAGCCAAGACAUCGCAACAGAAUAGCAGCAGUAAUAUCAGCGACAGCAGUGCCGUGCAGAAGGAAAUCACACUGCCUUCAAGACUGGUGUAUUACAUCAAUCAGGACUCAGAAAGCCCCUAUCAUGUUCUUGACACAAAGGCCAGACACCAAGAGAAACACAACAAGGCUGUCCAUCUGGCCCAGGCGAGCUUCCAGAUCGAAGCCUUUGGCUCCAAGUUCAUUCUCGACCUCAUACUGAACAAUGGUUUGCUGUCUUCUGACUACGUGGAGAUUCACUAUGAAAAUGGGAAACCGAUGUACUCCAAGGGUGGAGAGCACUGUUACUACCACGGAAGCAUCAGAGGUGUCAAAGACUCCCGGGUGGCUCUGUCGACAUGCAAUGGACUCCAUGGCAUGUUUGAGGACGACACCUUCGUGUAUAUGAUAGAGCCUCUGGAGCUGACUCAUGAUGAGAGAAGCACAGGCCGGCCACACAUAAUCCAGAAAACCUUGGCAGGACAAUAUUCUAAGCAGAUGAAGAAUCUCAGCACAGAUGGCAGUGACCGGUGGCCUUUGCUACCUGAGUUACAGUGGCUGAGGAGAAGGAAGAGAGCUGUGAAUCCAUCACGUGGUGUGUUUGAAGAAAUGAAGUAUUUGGAGCUUAUGAUCGUUAAUGAUCACAAGACGUAUAAGAAGCACCGUUCUUCUCAGGCACAUACCAACAACUUCGCAAAGUCUGUGGUCAACCUUGUAGAUUCUAUUUACAAGGAACAGCUCAACACCAGGGUUGUCCUGGUGGCCGUAGAGACCUGGACCGAGAAGGAUCAGAUUGACAUCACCAUCAACCCCGUGCAGAUGCUGUAUGAGUUCUCCAAGUACCGGCAGCGUAUCAAGCAGCAUGCCGACGCGGUCCACCUCAUCUCGCGUGUGACAUUCCAUUAUAAGAGAAGCAGUCUCAGUUACUUUGGAGGUGUGUGCUCUCGCAUCAGAGGGGUUGGUGUAAAUGAGUAUGGUCUUCCAAUGGCAGUGGCACAAGUAGUAUCGCAGAGCCUGGCUCAAAACCUUGGAAUCCAGUGGGAGCCUUCCAGUAGGAAGCCAAAAUGUGAAUGCAUAGAAUCCUGGGGCGGCUGCAUCAUGGAAGAAACAGGGGUAUCCCAUUCUCGAAAGUUCUCCAAGUGCAGCAUUGCAGAAUACAGAGACUUCUUACAGAGAGGAGGCGGAUCCUGUCUUUUCAACAGGCCAACAAAGCUGUUUGAGCCCACAGAGUGUGGAAAUGGAUAUGUAGAGGCCGGGGAGGAAUGUGAUUGUGGUUUCCAUGUGGAAUGCUACGGAGUGUGCUGUAAGAAAUGCUCGCUCUCCAAUGGGGCACACUGCAGUGAUGGCCCCUGCUGCAACAACACCUCGUGUCUUUUUCAGUCACGAGGGUAUGAAUGUCGGGAUGCUGUAAACAGCUGUGAUAUCACGGAAUACUGCACUGGAGACUCUGGCCAGUGCCCACCAAAUCUCCAUAAACAAGAUGGCUAUGCCUGCAAUCAAAAUCAGGGUCGCUGCUACAAUGGGGAGUGCAAGACAAGAGAUAACCAGUGCCAGUACAUCUGGGGAACAAAGGCUUCAGGGUCAGACAAGUUCUGCUACGAAAAACUGAAUACGGAGGGCACCGAGAAGGGUAACUGCGGCAAAGAUGGAGACCGAUGGAUCCAGUGCAGCAAACAUGACGUGUUCUGUGGAUUUUUGCUCUGUACCAAUCUUACUCGAGCUCCGAGAAUUGGUCAACUUCAAGGAGAGAUCAUCCCAACGUCCUUCUACCACCAAGGCCGAGUCAUUGACUGCAGUGGUGCUCACGUAGUUUUAGAUGAUGAUACAGAUGUGGGCUACGUAGAAGAUGGGACUCCAUGUGGCCCAUCCAUGAUGUGUUUAGAUCGGAAGUGCCUACAGAUUCAAGCCCUGAAUAUGAGCAGCUGCCCACUCGAUUCCAAGGGGAAAGUCUGUUCAGGCCAUGGGGUGUGUAGUAAUGAAGCCACCUGCAUCUGUGAUUUCACUUGGGCAGGCACGGACUGCAGCAUCCGGGACCCCGUUCGGAACCCCAACCCCCCGAAGGAUGAAGGACCCAAGGUGAACAUGGCCACAAGCAGGCUCAUAGGGGGCUGUGGCUGGCACCAUACUGGCCCUGGGGGUGAUUUUUGGAGGCACAGGGUGGGGAAUAGAAAACGUCAAGAAGAGGAGGUUCGAUCCCACUCAGCAGGGCCCCAUCUGAAUCAGCUGCACUGGAGGGAUGCCACCUUGCACUGUUGGGUUCUGGGUAUGACGUGUUUUCAGUCAUGCUGCCGGAACUCCUAAGUCUGUAAACAAGACCAUUGGGUGGUAAUGACUGCACAGCUCAAAUGUGGGAAUGGGGAAUGGGGUCCAAGACAACUGUCCCUUUUGGAUAUAACUUCAAGUAAACCCUCCUAUCACCUGUCAAUAAAGGGGAGGGGUUAAAGACCAUGUCAUUAAAAAAAAAAACUUCAAAAUCCUUUAUUUUUUUCUUUUUAACUGAAGGAGAAAGGAACAGCAGAAAAGUGCAAUAAAGGAACAUGUAGCAAAUGGUUUCCCCCUUAGCCUGCUGACACUUAAUAUCUUCUAAGUGAUUUGGCAUGAUUUUUUUUCCCUUUACUAUCAAAGACAAACUCCAGUGGCAUGAAGAUCCAAUUUUGGAAAGGGUAAAAACUGCAUGGCAUAUAUAACAACAAGCUAGCAAGCCGAUCUUCAGCAAAAUCUACCGUGGAAGUCCUAAGGGGAAGAUGAGAGAUGAACACGCAGACGCUGCCUGGGCCUGGAUAGUGCACCCCCCCCCACACACUCCAUCCCCCUCGGCUCUCUCUCCCUCCACUCCAUGUCCCCGCCCACUCCAGCCCAGCCCAGGGCAGCACUCAGCCGGACUGUACUCUUGUUGAUGCUGUUUCCCCAUCAUGUUCUCUCCUGGACCAAGCAUCCUUUGGAAAUGGGAGCUGGAAUUGGAACAAUGCUAUUGUAUAGUCCUUUUAUAAAUGUAAAUAUGGAAAUAAGAGAUUUUGACAUGCCAUUUCCACUUGUCUGUAUUGAAAUGUUUUUCUUUGCAAAGAUUCUCUCUACACAAGUUUGUUGCUUGCUCCACAUCCUCUUUUUCCUUUCUUUUCUCUCAUUUUCUUUCCUUCUCUGUCCUCUCUUAUAACACGUCAAGUGAUUGCUGGGCUUGCUUAACAAGACAGAUGUAGCCCCCAGAUGAAGGUUGUUUGGGCACAGAACAAAGCUAGUCUGCUUGAAACCAAAAAGAAAAAAAAAGUGGAGGACACAAAACAACCCAUAUCAAGAACACAAAUUAUGUAAAUGUGAGUAUAUAUGUACUGAUGAGUCUAAACUUUAUGAUGUCAUCCUAAGCACAUGUAUAUAAUGUAAGAAAACAGAGGCCCUUCUCAAAUUAAUCACAAAAGUGCCAAGCUCAUGAUUUUAGUUUGUGGUUUAGCCAGUUCUCUUUCCCUGUCUUAAAUGUGAAAGGAGAAGAAACUUAAAGCCUUAAAUAAAAAUUAAUAAUUUGUACAUGUUGAAAGCUUGGAGAAAAGUUAAGCUCUCCAUUCUGUUCCUAUGUAUUUUUUUUUUCGGUCAAAUUUCCUUUCUGCUUCAUCUUUCUGCCUCAAAACCUGCGUGACAGAAAGCCAGUGUGGUGGGGCAGAGUAGCAGGUAGCCUUCUGGUCAUUUCGGCCUGUCAUUGGGCAUGGUGAUUUCGGGAGCUCACUUGGUCCUCACUGAUUUUCUGACCCAUGGACUCUGGUGGACUGUGAUGGGAUUCCACUACAGAGGAACCCACACUCUUCAUUUUCCUCCAGUAGCUGGGGAGAGAGAGCCUUGGCAUCCCCAAACUCUCCGAGUUUCCCUCAUCUUUUACCCGUUUCUUUUUUAACGUAUUGCCAGGAUAGCUUCCACUGAAGUGUUAGGGGGAAACAAUUCCUGAAGAAAUUCCCUCCCGGCUUUGUUUUAGAUGUCCAGACUUGUGCAUGAUAGCUUCAGGGAACCGCUCUCUAGAACUCAGACCCCCAAGAGCCCCGACUGCCCCACAGCCCCUCUUUCAGGAAGACGAUGUCCAACUGAACUAUGCAUUUCCUCCCGGCACUGCAUUCCUUUCUACAUUUAGCUCUAAACCCUUUUCCAGCAAGACUCAUGCAGUAAGUUUUACAAAUUUUUUUUCAAGUAGAAGGGAGGAUUUCCUGAAAAUGGAUGGCUUAGAACUGGAGUUACCCCCCCCCCCCGCCUUCCUCCAAAGAUACCUUUGGUUAUUGAAGUUUCACACUCACAGGGCAGACUUCACGAUUGCUAUAUACUACCCCACACCAUAACCUAACAUCGUAAUCCUCGAAUGGCUUUCUGAGAAACAGGUGCUAUACAGGUAUGCAGUCUUUGGCUUGAACUUGCUCUUUGCUUCUAUAGCAACAACAGGGCUACCUAUAAGGUGUCUUGACCUUAUCCCUGGUUUUGUAAGACGCAGAUUGUGCCCCUUUACUGAAUGGCAGUGGCUCAGCUUGGAGGACGGUUGGAGGAAGCUCAGAUGACUUGGUAUCUCUCCCUGUUGUUGCAUUGCUUAGGGGUCCACUUCACUAUGAGAUACCAAGCAGCUGCCAACCACACCGUACCCAUUUCACUGCUGGUUCCGAGGCACCGUGGUGACUUUAUUUGACACAAAACCACGCCCGUUACAAAACAGAUCUCCAUUGUUAACUUUUGAGCAUUUCACAAACAACAUUGUAAAUGUGCGAUGUUAUGUUUUAAAUCAGACCACAGUGGUCCCCAAAUAUUAUGUAUAUAUGACAAGUGUCAGUAUAACUUUUUGUUACACUGACAGUUUCAUAGGUAUCCAAACCUAUGCUCCAAUGUUAAGUUAUUCGUGUGUAUAUGUAAAAUGCACAAGCUUUAAGCUGUGUGUGUAUGGACAUGAAGGGUAGUGCAAAUCAUACUGUAUACAAUGGGUUAGAAUCAUUUUCAGUGGUGUUAGGUUAUGUAGUUUCAAACUCUUUGCUACAUUUUCUCUUGCACACGCCAAUCAUUUGCUUAUUUUGUGGUGCGAAUACUCCUUCUUAUUAAUUUGAAUUCAAAGCACAAGCCUACCAUUGUUUAACGUUACCCAGCAAGAGUGUUAAGUGAUGACCACGUUCCCAUUUCACUGGCUAGACUUUUGCUGCGAUAGUUAAUGACACCUGGAUGAGGAGGUGUGCGCCAACUUCAUCGCUCACCUGGGGUAGUGCAUGAACCCACUGAAUUAGAGCUACUCCCCCCAGCUAAGUGAGCCGUACACGUAGGUGCAUGUUUGAGCCACGAACCACAUAGAGCUGUGGAGUUUUGCCGAGUGAUGUUGCUCUUUUGUUUUUUACUAUGCAAAGAUGAGAAAUGCACAAACUUUUCAAAGAUAUGUCUGAAGAACUUCACAACGAUACUUGAAUUCUUUUUUUAAUCACCCCAUCCCAUUUUAAGGUCAUUGAUGCUUCCAUUGUUAAUUUUAUUUUUCCCCCUUCAACUUUAAUGGUUUGUAAUCUUUAAAUGCACAACCUGAGCGUUUGUUCGAUAAAUUCCAAUCCUGUUGGCUGCCUGUGAACAGAGAUUCCGUCAUCUUUAUAUGCCUCUUUUAGUUGAGUGUGCAUUAAAACUUUUAUUACUGUAGGAUGUUGUAGCUUUGUGCUUUGAUUGGUUUUCCUUAACUCUUGUUUCUGUGUUUUCUUGCACCAUUGGUUAAGUGGCCACGCGCCUGGUAUCCUCUGGGAUCUAGUGGUCUCAAUCAAAGGCUCACUGAAAAUCAAAGCCGUCAAUGGAGCAAAAUAAAUUCUCUGGUUAAUGGUAAA